AACCCGACGCGGUGGAGCACGGACAAUUGGGAGACAUUGGGGACCAACAACGAUCAACCAAGCAGGGGGGGGGGAAGGAAGUCAGCCGACCAUGGUGCAUCGGAUAUAGAGCCGGAUGAAAUGGUGACGACUGGGCCAGGGACAGUUGGGUGGGAAAGCAAGAUUUCUAUUUGGAUUGGAACAAGUGUUGAGGGACCAAUUGGGGAGAUGCAGCCAAGAGGAGGAAGCAGUCCCCGUGACCCGCAGAAAAGAAUGAGGAGGAUCGUUGGCUGGAUUCAUCUCCCACUGCUUCGUACUAACGACUACACUCAUGCCGUAGGGAUUUUCCGAUGUUUCCCCUGUCUUGAUGGCUGGACCAUCUUAACUCGAUCGAGCGGAUUCGACCUAGAUCUGCUAUCACAGGAUCAGAGUCUCGGCUCCCAACGCCAUUCAAACGCCAUUGAUGAUCCAACAUUAUUAAUCAUACGGAGGACAUCCAACAAUCAGAAUCCAGUCAGGUCCUUCAAGUCUAAGUAUUCAAUCCUUUUCUUGAUACUGUCGGGCCACGUGCAAGGCUUGGCCCUAGCCCUCUGUCUAAUGAGAGCUUGAGGUUCUAUUGACUUGAGUCUUAUUUUUCUGGUUUGUUUGUUACUGGCUCGACCCAUUCCAUCCUAAUUGCCUGGGCAGCUAUCAAGGGGAGGAUGACUUGGCAAUGUGACAGUUUGGAUGAAUUUGUUCUGGACUCAUUAACAACCUGGUUCAUUGUUUCCUGACGGAUGCGUCACCACGAUAAGUUCAUCUCCGGGGAUUAGUCAUGCUAUACAACAGUCUCCGCGGCCGGACUGAGGUUGGCCGGAAAUGGCGGUGAUGUCGAUUUUCGAUUUUAUUUAAUUCUAUUUAU